CAUAGCAAGAAGCUGUCAGUUGUGCGCCUCUGACCAGGUCACGGUACAAUGCAACACGCUCAGGACCCUAAGCCGACCAUAGAAAUGAGUACGUCCCAUCCCAGCGAACGUCCGAAUGUCUCAUGUUCCGACGAAUGCGAUGACUGAGCAUUACCGAUUACUAACGUCGUCUUUUCCACCGUACAUAGGUCUCAGAGAACACCUCCUUGCUGCCGGGGCUGGCCAGCCCACAGCUCCAGUCACACCAGUACACCAAGGUCACGGCAUUGGUGUCGGUCACCAAGAUCAUCAUAUCGACCCCGCCAUUUCGGGAUCGGCAGGGUACGGCAUGAGUCCAGAUGACGAUGGACACCUGAGUAGUGAAGGUCGAAAAGGCAGGCGAGAGCUGUCAACAUCCAAGCGUGCUGCGCAAAAUAGGGCCGCUCAGCGCGCUUUCCGUCAACGCAAAGAGGAGUACAUCAAGUCAUUGAAAGACCAAGUAAAGGAGUACGAGACACUCGCGGAAACAUACAAAGCUGUGCAACAGGAGAACUAUCAGCUACGAGACUACAUCAUCAGUCUCCAGUCCAAGCUACUCGAAUCCCAAGGCACCGUACCCCCACCGCCAGAUAACGUCGAUCUCUCCCGGCCAAACGCUGCACUGGAAUCAAUCCAGCACUCCGCGCCUUCCGAACCCUCGGCGCCUCCACCAUCCACUGCGCCCACCGCUACCAUGACACCCGUGGCCAUCAACCAGCUGCAGCAAGCAGCCGCGCAGGCAUCCGCUCACGACGUGAACAACAACGGUACGCCAUACGACUUUUCUAGUAGUUCUUUGUUCCGGCUCGCACAAGGCAUGACACCCGCAUGAGUAGCGUCGAAUAUCUAUAUAUAUCACACACUUGACAGCGCCUUCACCUUUUUUGCCCUACGCAAACUACCAGUCAGCCCUUCACACAGCAUCUCUACGCAUAAAUCAGCUUUGACUCAAAAAAAGCGCCCAUCGCUAACGGCCUCCUCGUAGAUUCGAAGCCUCAUCAUUACGGGGAUGCAUGAAAAAAAUAAACACACACACAAAAAUGUAAUAUGAAUCCUCGUCCCCAAAGUUGAGUUCAAAG